ACGAAAUCAAAUGUCCCUGACGAUGUCGUGCAAUUAUUCGGUUUUUGUUGUUCAAGAUAGCUUCACUCGUCGUGGUGUUCGCGUCUGUUGUCGAUUGUCACACACAUACACACACACACACACAGCCAAGAUGGGCAAGGGAAGCAGCAAGCUCAAGCCACAGCAGAUUGACGAGCUCGUCAGUGAGACAAAAUUCACCUCGCAGGAGCUGCAGCAAUGGUACAAGGCGUUCACAAAGGACUGCCCAUCCGGCCUCCUGGACAAGGAUGGCUUUGCUGACAUUUACCGCCAGUUCUUCCCUGAGGGCGAUGCUGCAAAGUUUGCCGAGUACGUCUUCAACACCUUCGACAAGGACGGGGAUGGCACGAUCAACUUCCGGGAGUUCAUGUGUGCGCUCUCCGUCACCGCUCGCGGCGAUGCUGACGAGAAGCUCGACUGGGCGUUUUCGCUGUACGACCUGGACAACGAUGGGUUCAUCACCAAGGAAGAGAUGACGCAGAUUGUGGCGUCCAUCUACCGCAUGGUCAGCUCGAGCGUCAAGCUGCCCGACGACGAGAGCACCCCCGAGAAGCGCGUCGACAAGAUUUUCGCUGCCAUGGACAAGAACUCCGACGGCAAGUUGACCAAGGAGGAGUUUCGUGAGGGUGCGCGUCAGGACAGCUCCAUCAUGCAGGCCCUCUCCCUCUACGACGGCCUCGUCUAAACGCGUCCAAACACGCUUUCCUUUGUUGUCGUGGUAGCAGCUGUAGUUGUUGUCGUCGUCGUUGUUGUUGUUGCACAUCUCUCAUGUCUACUGCCUGCAAGCAAGCGAGGCGUGUAUGAGCAGACCUUUGUGCUGCAUUGAACCAUGUCGCCGUCCACACGCCCCCCGCCUCUCUCAGAACAUCGCAUCUCACACGUGGUACUGCCACUGCCGCUGCUGGUGGCUGUUGAAGGUCGUUGUUGUCGCAUAUCCUCUCUUGCUUGAGCUUUGUCUUUUUGCUGUCCUUUGCUGUGCUUUGCUGUGCUCUGUGCGCGUUGCGUGUGCGCGUGUUCUCCCAUCGUUGUCAUGAUGUGGCUGUGCUGUGCUGUUGCUUUGCGCCGUGUUUUGGUGACCACCUCUUCAGACUUUUGGUUCGCUGUGUGUUCGCUGGUCGUCGUUUGUGUCUUUCUUUUUGUUUCGUGUGUGUAAACGAACAGCAGCAACUACCAGGGUG